GGCGGGGCCAAAGCGCUGCCCCGGGGCGAACCCACCAGCCCGAACCUGUCGGUGUCAGAAGUGGAAGCGGCAGCCCUGCGGUCCCGCGCUGCAGCAGGUUGGGAUGUCGGUCUCUAUCCUUUCCUGUCACAUGGCUGGUAAUAGGAUCCCUCAUCUGCCACUCGGCACCUCGCCGGGGCGCACUUACAGGACACAUGCUGUAGGGCCUCCGCUUCCCGCACUUUGCGCUCUUCCCGGCCGCCUGCCACCCCCGGAGAGCCGGGGCUGCCGCCUGCGAGCGCGGCGCGGCCCGGCGGCCGCUGCCUAUGGAGCCUCCCGCCCUCGCCGCCGUCCUGGCCUUCUCCGGGCUGGCGCUGAGCUGCUGCCGCGAGCCCGUUCUGUCCGAGUGCUAUACAGCAAACGGCGCUGACUAUCGUGGCACUCAGAACCAGACCUCCCAACAUGCAGGGAAACCUUGUCUUUUUUGGAAUGAGACCUUUGAGCAUCCUUACAACACUGUGAAAUAUCCCAAUGGGGAGGGAGGCCUUGGGGAGCAUAACUACUGCAGAAACCCUGAUGGGGAUGUCAGCCCAUGGUGCUAUAUUGCAGAACAUGAAGAUGGAAUAUACUGGAAAUACUGUGAGAUUCCGUCCUGCCGAAUGCCAGGAAAUCUGGGCUGUUACAAGGACCAUGGGGAGCCACCACCUCUGACUGGCACCAGCGAGACCUCCAACAAGCUCACCAUCCAAACGUGCAUCAGCUCCUGCCGCAGUCAGCAGUUCAAGUUUGCAGGCAUGGAAUCAGGUUAUGCUUGCUUCUGUGGAAAUAAUCCUGACUACUGGAGAUAUGGGGAGGCAGCCAGCACGGAAUGCAACAGUGUUUGCUUUGGAGACCACACUCAGCCCUGCGGUGGGGACGGCAGAGUCAUUCUUUUUGACACCCUUAUUGGUGCCUGUGGAGGGAAUUACACCUCUGCUACAGCUGUGAUCUAUUCCCCAGAUUUCCCUGACACAUAUGGCACAGGCAAAGUCUGCUAUUGGACCAUACAAGUUCCAGGAGCAUCUCAAAUCCACUUCAGCUUUGUCCUUUUCGAAAUCAAAGAUGCUACAGAUAUGGUGGAAUUGCUGGAUGGUUACACCUACCACGUUCUGGCUCGUUUUAAUGGCAAGAACAAGCCUCCCCACAGCUUUAACAUCUCUUUGGAUUUUGUCAUUUUGUACUUUUUCUCGGAUGACAUCAAUCAAGCCCAGGGAUUUGCUAUCAGGUAUAGAGCUGUGAAGGACAAUGUGCACCAAAACAAGAUCCCAGUGAAUCACACCCUUCCAGAGAGGAUAAAUGAACAAGCAAAUCUCAGCAUCAAUGCAGCCCGGUCGUCAAAGAUACUCUAUGUCAUCACAACCAGCCCAAGCCAUCCAACUAGCUCCAUGCCUGAAUGGACAAUAUACAGCCUCACAGCACUGCUCAUCCUAAGUGUUACAGCCAUAAUAGCAAAGAUACUUCUGCAUGUUACCAUGAGGUCCCACCAGAUUCCAGCUGCAGCUGAAGCAGAGGAUUGCAGUGAUGUCACUACUGCUGGAGAGAUCUGGAGUAUAUUUUACCAACCAUCCACAUCAAUAUCCAUCUUCAAGAAAAAGCUUCGAAAUCAACAAGAUGAUUGCAACCCACUGGUGGGAAACUGAGCUUUUAUUUUGCAAGGAUUGAUCUCCUUAAAAUCCAGGAGCCCAUUUUCUAUUUCACCUCUGGGUUGAACUGUCAUGGACACCAAGCCCUGACAUCAAUACAGUGAUUGUAACUGAGGAGUCAGAAAACUGUUCCUGAACAUUUUGACCUCUCUUCCUUCUCCUCCUCUGGUUUCCCAGCAGUGCUGUGAAAAUUGACAUUUUUAAGACAGGGUUCCAUCAAAUCUUGAAAAGCAAAACCCUAAGGAUAUCCCUUACCUCCAAGGGAGCUUGCACACAUCAUCACCUUCGUGCAUGACUUGUCAAAAAUACCCAGAGAACCAACUGCUGAGGCAACCCUGCCAUCUUUGUUCUUCAGAAAUGCAAGAACAGUGAAGGCAGCAACUUGCAAAUGGGAUCCUUCACCUCUCACUCUGCAGCAUGGGUAAUUCAGAGCUGCAGGAUGCAGCUGAGGCCAAGUUGGCUGCUCAGUGUGAUCAAACUGAGAAGCGGCACCACCUCAGCACAGAAUGUCCCCAACAGCCAGCCACGUACCACAGUGCUAAAACCACCUACAUUCCCAGCCCGUGG